UGCCGCUGCCGCCAUGGUUUCCCGGAAGCAGGAGAGGUUGCUGCGCUACGUGGAGGACGGGAAUGUGCUGAAGUUGAAGUCGUACCUACGCAAGCACCGCGGCCUGUCGGUGACGUUCACGGGGCACAAGGGCCGCAGCCCGCUGCACGUGGCCUGCGCCCACCGAGAUGAUGCCGCCGCGAGGCUGCUCCUGAAACACGGAGCAGACCCUUUGCUCCAGGACCGGAGGGGGAACACCCCGCUGCACCUGGCUGCCCACCAGGCGGUGAAGAAAGGAGGCAAAGUUUACGAAGAUCUGGUCAUACCUCUCAGGAGGGCUUGCCCAGCGGCUAUGAGUGUGCUCAAUGAGGACGGACUCACUCCAGAAGACCUGCUCAGGUCAAUGAAGACGCAACAGCGACAGCCAGGAGCCAAGGAAGAGAAUGAUACAGCGAAGGAUCGAGCUGACAGGGAGUGGUACCAGAAGCUCUUUGCUGAAUAUGAGGCUGAAUUCUACACCGAAUGUGGGCGCUAUGAAGAGGACCUGUCCAUGGGCGACGCCGAGCCUCAGACGUACGAUGCCUGGGCUGAGCGCCUGGCGAGGGAGUACGCAGCCAAGAGGUCCCGAGGAGCAGGCACCAGGAGCAGACAGCGAGCGCCGGAGAGGGAGGAGGCUGGCAAGGAGAAGGAGAAGCUGGAGUCAGAACACCGGCGUUACCUGGAGCGGGCACACAGGCGCCAGGAGGAGCGGGCACGCAGCCACAAAGAGCAGUAUGAGCGCGCUUGCACCGACGUCUUUGAGCGGGCCUCUGCCGGCUCUCGGCCCCUGACCUACGGGGAUAUCCCGUGGCCCAUGCCCGGGGGCACGGUGGAGGAGAUGGUGGCGGUGAUCCUGCACGGGGCGGAGCGCUCAGAUCCAGGCACCUACCGCCGGUACCUGAGGGGGCAGCAGGCUAUGUGGCACCCCGAUCGCUUCACCCAGCGCUGUGGGGACCGGCUGGCACAGGGUGACCGCCAGAGGAUCCUCGACACUGUGACCGCCCUCUCGCAGGCCCUCAACAAGCUGGCCAACAGCACUCGAUGAUGAGCUGGCUAGCACCGACACAACGGGCAGAGGGGCCUCCUCCUGCACUCUACCCUUCUGUCAUUCUGUGACCCGUCUCCCCUCCGUGCGUGGGCAAGGGGGGCAACAUCAGGAAUUCUCCAACGCCCACCCACACCUCUGCCCAGUGAGAGUCAAACGCAGAGUUUUGUCUCCGUUAGAAAAACAGCCCCGUCUCAUUCCAUCCCAAAUUACCCACCCUACUCGCCCUGGGGGCAGUGUGACAAGAUCAAACAAUUAAAAAGAUGGGCAAGACCUGGCUGGGGACUAAAUCAAAGGUUCAGUGGUUAACACUGCUGCCUCACAGCACCAAGGACCCAUGUUCGAUCCCACCCUCAGGCGACUGUCUGUGUGGAGUUGGCACGUUCUC